AUGGCGAGUUACGCGACCUGCUCCUCCGUGGGUCCUUUAUGUCCGGUGGAAGCCACGACGUAUGGCUAUUACCCUAAUUUUGGCGGAAAUGUCUUCUUCACAGUGUUCUUUGGUAUACUCGGAUUGUGUCAAACUGGUUUGGGUAUCUAUUACCGAACAUGGACAUUCCUGACAGCCCUACUCAUCGGCACCUUUAUGGAGAUGGCAGGAUACAUUGGACGAGUACUCAUGAACGACAACCCAUGGUCAGGCCCCGCAUUCAAGCUCCAGAUCGUGUGCCUGGUUCUCGCGCCCACCUUUGUCGCAGCAGGUGUCUACCUCACGCUGAAGCAUAUCAUCUUGAACCUGGGACCUCAACAUUCGAUUCUGAAACCACGCCUUUUCACCUGGAUCUUCAUUGGUUGUGAUAUUGGAUCUCUCAUCUUGCAGGCCGCCGGAGGUGGUGUGGCUGCAGCCGCUGGCAAUGAUGAUAUGGCCAUGCUGAAGGCUGGUGACGAUAUUAUCAUCGCUGGUAUCGCCUUCCAGGUUGGAACUAUGGUCGUGUGUGGUGCUUUUGCGCUCAUCUUCUUCUGGAGGGUGUUCAAACAUGGCGAUGGAUUUGCAGGCGAGAAGAACUUGGAUACCGGUGUUUCGGCUAUUACUCCCAAGUGGAUGCCAUACAUCAUUGGCGCCGAAGUCUUCGCCUACUUCACCGUGUUGAUUCGGUGUAUCUACCGUAUCCCAGAGAUGGCUGGCGGCUGGGGAAAUCCCCUCAUGCAGAAGGAGGACGAGUUCCUUGUCCUCGAUGGAAUGAUGAUUGCUCUCUCCUGCUUGGCCUUUACCAUUUUCCACCCCGGAGUCUUCCUCCCAUCGAUGCGCACCGGACACAAGAACCGCGCAUAA